UCUGCUGACUUGAUAGAGCUGGAGAGAUACACAUUCACGCACGCCAAGCCCGAAAGAGCGGCGGCCAGGCGAGCGGACACUAUCGCUACAAGCACCCGCACGUGAACAGGGCAGUCCGCCUGCCUGCCCGCUCGGAAUGUUUCGCGGCCAGCUGGUAGGCAUGGAGCUGCCCCGGCAAUCUACUUGCCCGGUGCCAAGGUUGCUGCUACUGCUGUUGUGGAGCUUGGUUCUGCCUUGGCCUGGUGAAGGAUCCCAGCGUAGUAAACCCAUGUUCACAGCAGUUACAGAUCAAGUCCUUCCCCCUGACUAUGACAGCAACCCAACUCAGCUCAACUAUGGUGUGGCUGUGACUGAUGUAGACCAGGAUGGAGACUUCGAGGUUAUCGUGGCUGGGUACAAUGGACCCAAUCUGGUGCUGAAGUACGACAAGGCCCGGGGACGGCUGUUAAAUCUUGCAGUGGAUGAACACAGCUCCCCCUACUAUGCAUUGAGGGAUCGUCAGGGCAAUGCAAUUGGUGUGGCAGCCUGUGACAUUGAUGGAGAUGGAUGGGAGGAAAUUUACUUCCUAAACACCAAUAAUGCCUUUUCUGGUGUAGCCACCUAUACAGAUAAACUAUUCAAGUUCCGAAGUGGGCGCUGGGAGGACAUCUUGAGUGAUGAGGUGAAUCGGGGUGUGGCAAGCCGGUUUGCUGGACGUUCCGUGGCAUGCGUAGACAGGCAGGGGUCUGGCCGCUAUUCCAUUUACAUAGCUAACUAUGCCAAUGGAAGAGUUGGUCCUCAUGCCCUCAUUGAGAUGGACACAGCUGCCAGUGACCUAGAGCAUGGCAUUGUGGCACUGAGUGAUGUGGCUGCAGAAGCUGGAGUCAAUAAAUUCACAGGGGGUCGGGGCAUAGCGGUGGGUCCCAUUCUCAGUGAAGCUGCCUCUGACAUAUUUUGUGAUAAUGAGAACGGAGCCAACUUCCUCUUUCAGAACCAGGGCGAUGGUACCUUCAUAGAUGUAGCACCCAGCACUGGAUUGGAUGAUCCCUACCAACAUGGUCGUGGAGUGGCCCUAGCUGACUUCAAUCGUGAUGGCAAAGUUGACCUAAUCUAUGGUAACUGGAAUGGACCACACCGGCUCUAUCUGCAAGUUAAUGCAGGUGGGCGUAUCCGCUUCCGAGACAUUGCCACGCCCAAACUGUCUAUGCCAUCACCUGUCCGCACCGUCAUCGCUGCUGAUUUUGACAAUGACCAGGAAUUGGAGGUCUUCUUCAACAACAUCGCAUAUCGUGGCUCGUCUGCCAACCGCCUCUUCCGGGUUAUCCGCCGAGAACAUGCCGACCCAGCUAUUGAAGAACUAAACCCUGGUGAUGCGGUGGAACCAGAGGGGCGUGGCACAGGAGGUGUGGUGGUAGAUUUUGAUGGCGAUGGGAAGCUGGAUUUAAUUCUUUCACACGGUGAAUCCAUGGCACAACCACUCUCAGUCUUCAAAGUCAAUGAGGGUGCUGGCAACAACUGGCUGCGGGUGAUUCCACGUACACGCUUUGGGGCAUUUGCUCGUGGUGCUAAAGUGGUGCUGUUCACACGGCACAGUGGUGCCCAUCUGCGCAUCAUUGAUGGAGGGUCUGGGUACUUGUGUGAGAUGGAGCCUGUUGCCCAUUUCGGCUUGGGACAGGAUGAACCCAGCAGCCUGGAAGUGACUUGGCCAGAUGGCAAGUUUAUCAUCAGAGCUGUAGUGAGCACUGAGAUCAAUUCUGUACUGGAGAUUGUCUAUCCUGAAGUCACAUCAGGGUCACCCACCAUUAUAGUUCCUCUUGAGUGUGGCCAAGGAUUCUCUCAGCACAAGAACGGGCGUUGUGUUGACAUGGAUGAGUGUGCAGAAUUUCCUUUUGUGUGUCCAAGAGGCAGACCCAUCUGCAUCAACACAUAUGGUGGGUACCGUUGCCGCAGCAACAAGCGCUGUAACCGGGGCUUUGAACCCAAUGAGGACGGCACUGCUUGUGUUGCUCAAGUUGCCUUUUUCGGUGGAUAUCCUUCUUCAGGGAGCUGGCUCGGCUCAACCUUGCUAUCAGCCCCUCUCCUUUCACUUUGCCUUGGACUCUGCUUUUACUCCUAUGCACUUUAAGCCUUGCCAAUAAAGGACAGAAGCAGCCUUUUAUGGAUGACUUAGCCUCCCCUCUCCUCCUUCCCUCCAUAUCCCCUCAUCCAGUUUUCUCACGGUGGUCACUGGAAACGUGAACUGAGGUGGGAGCAUCCAUUAUACAGCCCAGCUGAUGACACUGGCACUACCAAUAUACCCUUUGCAUGUUUUCUGAGAAAACAGAGAGGGCAGAGGCCCCACUAAUGCUUGUCACCUCUGUAGGGUGGCCAUUUUCUUAGGAGCUUGCCUGUAACCAAGAAGGUAGCUCUUGCUGGUAGUUGCUUGCUUGGUUAAAUCAAUAGAAUUACUCUGUGCCUGCUGGUUUGGCCUACGACGCAAUUGCUUCCUAUCCUUCCUCAUGCUCCUCCUUUUCCUCCUCUCCAGCCCAAUACAAACCUAGAUCUUGGUUUGUCUGCAAUUUAAAUAAACAAUCUUCCAGCUGGAGAACUGCUCUCCUUUAACAGUCCCCCCACCAAUAAACUCUACAUUGUCAAAAGGCAUCUACUUGCAACUGUGCUUCGGAUGUGGGUGAAAUUGGAGGCAAUGGCUAAUAUUCAGAAGAAAAUAGGCCGGAAAAUGAGAUUAGUAUUAAGCUAGGUCCCUGUUUACUUUAUGGCAGACUUAUGAAUGCCUAAGAGCAGUUGCAUAAAUAGAUAUAAGUUACUUGGUUUUACUUCACUUUAAAAUAUGUAGCAGCCACUCCAGCUGAAUUCUGCCCUACAGGGCCCGGCACAUCUGACUAGAAGUCCCUUCCUGGUAGCAUCUCUGACUGAAGUUGCUUUUGCAGCAGCACCCUUCCCACUUGCUUUUCAACAUUCCUACUACUAUAGAUGCCUUUUUUUUUACUUCCUUAUCACAUUCUUCCCAACCAAAGCCCCUUCCCAACGUAUUAAUGACAAAUCCUAAGAUUCUUAGCAAAGGUAAAUCUGGCUUAGAAAUCUGGAAUUGAAGUCCAUGCAUUUGGAAGGUUCCCAGGUACAGACCAUAUGCAAGUGGAUCAGGCCCAGUCCUGUGUCAGUAUGUGGUUAAGGUGUUGGACUAGGACCAGAGAGACUUUGGUCCAUCUACCUUCAAACAUGAAAGUUCACUGGGUGACUUUAGUUCAGUCUCAGUUUCUCAGCCCAGUCUACUUCAGGAGGCUGGGAGUAGGGGAUAGAAUUGGAGGAGCGAUGUGGUACAUGCUGCCUUGAGCUCUUGGAAGAAAGGCACGAUAUAAAUCUAAUAAACAGAUACAGGCAACUUAUGGACCAAAUGCAGCCUUUAAUGCUUUUAUUGUGGCCAAUAGAGUUCUACUCACUUUUGUAGGCCACAUAUGAGAACAAUCAUUAGCUAAAUGGCAAGAAGUGUGUGUGUGUGUGUGUGUGUGUGUUGGAAUUGAAGUCUUGCCUCUGUGCAAACUUGUUCCAGAUACUUUUUUUCCCCAUCUGCCAAUGGCAGUAGAGAAACAACUAUCUACAGUAUAGCAGGUUCACAUUGGGAGAAAGGCUAAACCUUCUCUGGUGAAUGAAGUGGGAAUUGGGAAGGGUAUAACUAUACUGCUGUUGUGUACACAUAAUUGGAAAUGAGACAGCAGGAGUAACUAUGCUCUCUACAUGUAUGAUGUAUUUCUGUAUGUUGUGAUUCCACCUUCAAAUUAUGUCCACUUGUGCAACUUAAGAAAUGUGGGGGCCAAAUCAUUCUUCAUAUCCAUGCUUUAAAAGUGUAUUAUAUUGUUGCAAGCACAAAGUAGAUGUGAGCAAGACAUUUUUUUAUAAAAUAUUGUGAUUAUGAGGCAAAGGAGCCCUGGGGCGCAGAGAUUAGAAUGCAAUAUUGCAGGCUAAUUCUGCCCACUGCCAGGAAUGUGAUCCCAACCGGCUCAAGGUUGACUCAACCUUCUACCCUUCCAAGGCUGGCAAAAUGGGGACCCAGAUUGCUGGGGGCAAUAUGCUGACUCUGUAAACCACUUAGAGAGGGCUGUAAAGCACUACGUCUUCUAUUUGUUGCACGGUAAAUACUAUCACUUUGAAGGGGACCUAUGUUGUAACACGCACAAAGCUCAUGUGCCAGUAGAGUUGCAAUAGAUUGUGCUUUAUGUCUGCAAGUGCAUAUUCCAUUUAGUAAUUUUGCUCCUGACUUAGAUCCACUGAAACCAUGACCGCUAUGUAAAGGGUGAGGUGAAAAAAGGCCAGAAGGCACAUGAUGUUGGUCAGAAGAAAAAAGAGCAGAGAGGUAACCGUUCUAUAGGUGUCAACCAAUGUGAGCAAGAUGGCUAGGAAUUCCUUGUCAAGCUUCAAAGAAACUUUAUUCUGCUUGACAUUCCUUCCCAAAUUCUGAAAUGAUCAGUUAAUUGCUAUUGAAAGAAAAGACUGUCAUUUAUUUCGAUAGGGUAAAAUUAUUAUUAUUUAAUUAGUGAAAUUAAUAGCGAUCCAGACAUUAUAUAACUUCAAGUUAAAACACAAAUCCAGAUGGACUCUGGUAUCUCAUAGUGUAGUGAGACAAACAUCAUAUCAUGCCAGUUUUUUUCUGGCUUAGAAUAAAUGAGAAGUCAGAAUGUGAAUUCUCUCUUUCCCCUCCCCCUCCCCCAAGCUCUCUCACAGGCCUCCAUAUCGGUGUUUCUCAACCUUACCAACUUUAAGCCAGUGGAGAAUUCUAGGUCCAAACAUCUUGAAGUUACCAAGGUUGAGAAACCUUGAUCCCCAUCCUCCAACCUGCCAUCUGACAUGCUAGCCACAAGAGCAGAGGAAGCUGCGGAUGGAGGCCCGUGAAAGAGAUCUUUAUUUUCUACCAGCUGUGGAUAAAAGGACCGGUGAUGGGAUCUGAUCUCAUUACCGUCCCAAGCCUCAGUUGCAACUGAGAGAAAGUUUCAAUAGUGGAUUGGGAAUAUCUGAGAGGGGUCCCCCCCCCUUUUUUUUUUUUUGCUUCUGAA